AUGCCUCUCCAUUAUCUGAUUCUGCUCUCCCGACAGGGCAAAGUGCGCCUCGCCAAGUGGUUCACCACCCUCUCCCCCAAGGAGAAGGCCAAGAUCAUCAAGGAUGUAACCCAGCUGGUGCUGUCCCGCCGGACGCGGAUGUGCAAUUUCCUGGAAUACAAAGACUCAAAAGUCGUCUAUCGUCGCUAUGCGUCUCUCUUCUUUAUCGCUGGCUGUGCCUCGACCGAUAACGAGCUGAUCACACUCGAGGUAGUGCACCGCUACGUCGAGCAGAUGGACAAGUACUACGGCAAUGUCUGUGAGCUGGACAUCAUCUUCAACUUCCAGAAAGCAUACUUUAUUCUCGAUGAGUUAAUGAUUGCGGGGGAAAUGCAAGAGACCAGCAAGAAGAAUGUGCUUCGCUGUAUCAGCCAGCAGGAUAGUUUGGAAGAUAUGGAGGUUGAGGAAGAUGUGGUCACCAAGAUCAUGUAA